AUGACGCUACUAUUCAUGUGGCUCAUCGUUCGCUAUAUCCUGUGUUACGUAUCCUACUACCGUAGGUAUGCCCAUCGCGUUGGCACCCAGCUUCCUCCCACUUACCCAAGCUUCAUUCCCAAGUAUGGGACCGCUCUCUCCUACUUGCUGGCCCCUGCGCAUUUUGUUAAUAACACACUCCAACGAGCAUCCAAGGAGGGCCUCAUCCGCGUCAAAACCCUCUCCCUAGACUUAGUCUUCGUCUUCGGCGCUCCCAACGUCGUCGACCUCUUCAAAGACGCCUCAAGCGCCCUCCCCACUGCACACUGGUACGUUCUCCGGUACCUAGGCGGCAUCCCUAAGGAAGCUGGCAACCGUAUCUGGGAGGAUGAUUCCGGUUUCAAGCCCCACCCAAAUCCUCUCAGCAACGUCAACGCGCGGAACCGCGUGGACCUCUUCCUGCACCAGAUUCUUGUGGACUUCCUGCGCAGCUCGAACAUGGAGAAGAUCUUCGAGCGGUACGCUGAGUGCUUCAAGACGCACAUUGAAGGCUUGGAGAUCGGAAGUGAGUGGGUCGUAUACCCGGACUUCUUCGAGUUUAUGACCUUGCACACCACGAUCCCUCUUGUUGAGACGAUCUGCGGGCGCUUUAUUCUGGAAAAUUGCCCUGAGUUCUGCGGCAAUUUGUGGAAGUAUAAUGCGUGUGCGGCGAGCAUGCUCAAGGGCGUUCCGCGCAUCUUUAACCGGAAGGCGUAUAAGCUGAGGGACUCGCUGCUCGCGGAUAUCAAGGACUGGCAUCGGUUUGCUAACGAGCAUGAUGAGAAGUUUGGAGCCUGUGAUGAGGACACUUUUGAUCCGGUGUGGGGGACUAAGUUCUUCCGCGACCGAACGGGGAAGUUUCGCCGUGUUGAUGGGUUUGAUGCGGAUGCGCUUGCUGCUGAUGAUUUGGCAGCUUUGUGGGGCGCCACCGCUAAUACCUUCACCUCCUCCUUCUGGGCCUGCCUCGAAACCUUCUACGACCCGUCUCUCCUCUCUCGCGCUCGUGCCGAAGCAGUAUCUGCACUCCACGCUUCUCCAACUGCAUCAACGACUUUCGACCACGACAAGCUCCUCCGCCAGCCGCUGCUGCAAUCCAUCUACUCCGAGACCCUGCGUCUUCGCGUCGUCGUGUACAUCUACCGCUGCAAAGCCCAGGAGGUGGUUAAGAUCGGCAAAUGGAAUGUGCCUCCGCGAACUCAUAUCGUUACUCUGACUUCAACCGCGCAUUAUGAUCGCGAUGCGUGGAACGAGGGACCGAAUGGCGAGCACCCCGUCACCGAGUUCUGGGCCGACCGCUUUCUCACAUAUCCCAAUGACCCCACCAGCGGACCUCGCAAGAAGGAUCCUGUCACGAGCGAGGGCCGCCCUCACAAGCCAUCCGGCGACCCCUCUUCGUCUCAACCAGUCUUCGACAUGCAAGGCAUGGCUGCAAAUGGCCACUGGAUUCCUUACGGUGGGCGGCCACGUGGCUGUUUCGGACGGCAUCUUGCGCGUCGAGAGAUUCUGCUCAUUCUGGCGAGCAUGGUGUUGAUGUUUGAUGUGGAGUUCUUGGGGAAGGGAAAGGUCGGACCGAGUGAGGACGAUUAUGGGGCUGGGGCUCAACGGGCGGAUGGCAAGGUGCCGUUUCGAAUUCGACGGAGGAACACUGGGGCAGUGCCGGAUGUCAGAACUUAG